AGCCAAGUGUAAAGAGAAAUAGGUGUUUUUAAAUUUUUGUUAUUAUAGAAUACAAAAGGAAUCAAUGUUGGCCAAGGAAACUGAUUGUGAAGAAACGACAACAAAACACAUACUUGUCGAUGCAAGUGCAAAAGCAAGUUGAGUUUAACCAGCAUUUUUCUUUCGAGUUUAGAAAUCUUGAGGAUUCCAUAAAGCUUGGUCACAAAUUGUGUCCUAACACAACCAAUUCCUUAACGACUUUAAGUAAAAAGGAAUCGUCUUCAAUUGCAAGAAGUUCCUUGGUCGAUUUGAGGACCUUUAUUCUUGUUGAGUCACAUGUCUCUGCUAGUCAAACUCUUGUGUUCACUUUUGACUAGAAUAAUAAUAUUAGAUGCAGUGAAACUUCGCAAAGGUUGCCUGUCAUAACAGUAGCGCAAUUCAUCGACAAGGUUGUUGUAUUGAGUUGAAAGUGGUGCCUUGAAAGUAAAUUCAAGUAUUCCACCGUGCAGAGCAAAGUUGUCUGUCAAAGGUUCUCAUUAUAUCAUAUCACGUACUACUCGAAGAAUCCCUUAUAGUCCCGUCUAUGGAAGACUUUUUUGUCAAGGCUGUUCAACAAUAGCUGAGCAAGGAUUCAAUUACAUUGACUAUCACUAGUCUUUGAAACUUUUACCACUUACGUCCCCUUGAGGCAGUUUUACUAGAUAUUAUAGUUGGCCUUGGACUCUUCUGCUUCUCAAUUGUCAAGGCCAUUUUUGAAUACAUUUCCCUCUUCAAACUCAUCAGAAGAAUCGGUGUUUGCUGUGGCUUUCAAAUUGUGAUUCAAAACGCAUGACGGUCUCAAGAGUGUUGCUAUCUAGAAUGCAUAGGAAGGUUCGAAUAAGGCAUUGAUCGAGAGAGAAUCUUUAUUCUUCUAUAGUCUCCCUGAACCAACAUGUCAUUUUUACUCAGUACUGCAUUUAUUUAUUUAUAGAUAAUCUGUCAUUUUUUUUUAUAAACAUAACAUGGUCCUC